AUGCCGGACGGGGGCAUGGGCGUCGAGUAUGACUCCCUCGCGAGGUCGGCGAUGUGGCGGGGGUGGGCUCGGCGUGUCUCCCGGAUCACCGAGAAGGACCCCUGGAUUCCGCCGUCGAGUCACUCACGGCUUCGGCUCGAUGGCGACCGUCGCCUAUGGACACCGCCGAGCCAGCGGUGA